GUGAAAUGCUCAAAAACUGAGUAACAUUGCUACCUUUCGUAAAAUUCUUCGUGUCCUGGCUUUAAUAUAUACAAACGAUUCAGAGCGCCCACCAUACGCGUUUUUCUUUGUUUUCUUUAUUUCCCUCGCAUGAAAUUCUAAUACGUUAGUUUUAUUGUAAACAUCAACUUGUCUAUCUUACAAUAAAAGCGAUAUAGAGCAAAAAACUGAUGCUACAACGUACUGAACCUUCUGUUCAUAUGUAAAAACAGAAUUCUGUUAUUUAGCUAACUUCUUUUUUGAAGAAAUUUCAGUUACCUGACAAUGUCCAGUGUUGUAACCAAACAAUCUGAAAAGCUGGAUGCUUCGAAACAAGCAGCAGACGUGGACGAUAUUGAUGAAUGUGAGGCUACGGAUAUUGAUGAAGAAAAAUCAGAUAAAUAUGAGAUGAUGGAAAGUCGUGCGGACGUGCCCGAACAGGACCGAGAAGAAAUGGAAGAAAUUAUUAAUGUAUUUGAUGGACUGGAAAAUCAAUAUAAACUCAUGGAAAAGAUUGGAGAGGGGACUUUUUCAAGCGUAUACAAGGCUGAAGACUUAAAAUACUACGAUUAUAUUAAUGAUUGGGAUAUAGAUUCUAAAGGUUUAACAAAUCAACCAACAUUGGAAGGUUCAAGUAAUGAAGGGGCCAUCAGCCCUAUAAAAAGAAAGCCCAAAUUUGUUGCUAUCAAAAAGAUAUAUGCUACGAGUAGCCCCAUGCGCAUUCUGAACGAACUAGAAAUUCUUUAUCUUUUACGUGGAAUAGAUACAAUUGCACCUUUAAUAACGGCAUUAAGAAAUGAAGAUCAGGUUUUGCUCAUACUACCUUACUAUCAGCAUACCGAUUUUCGACAGUUUUAUAGCAAUUUCUCUUACAAAGAAAUGAGUGCUUACUUUCGUUGCCUGUUCAGUGCUUUAACCGCUUGUGAAGCUAUGCAAGUCAUGCACCGGGAUAUCAAACCGAGUAAUUUUCUUUUCAACGUUGAACGAAAACACGGCGUUUUAGUUGAUUUCGGUUUGGCUGAACACUGUAGCUUGCCUGUCCCCAAAAACUGUCCAUGCGCGUCAUCAGACACCGCUAAUUUAGCUCGAGAAUCAUAUAAAGAUUAUGAGCCAGCCUUGGGAUAUGUAAAAAAUGAUACUAGACCUAGCAAACGGGCAAAUCGAGCUGGAACGCGAGGAUUUCGAGCACCAGAAGUUUUGUUGAAAUGUCCUGUUCAGACUACAAAAAUAGAUAUCUGGUCUGCUGGCGUCAUAUUACUUUCUUUUCUUACAAAGAGAUUUCCAAUGUUUAAUUCCAAGGACGACGUGGAUGCCCUUAUGGAGAUAGCUUGUAUUUUUGGAAAAAACGAAAUGCGACAGGUUGCAGCACUACACGGUUGCGCAUUUGAAACUAAUGUUACUACACUUACCGAAAAAAGAGUUAAUUUUCGAAAAUUAAUAUUGUGGGCUAGCUGUGGAUCGGCUAGUAUUUACAAAGAAAAAUUAAUGCAUAAACCUAGUAUCGAAGAAAGUGUCUGUCUAGAUUUUCUGGAACGCUGUUUAGAAUUGGAUUGUAAUAAACGCAUAACGGCAUGUGAGGCAAUGGCACAUGACUUUCUGUAUUUGGAUGACCCAACGUUUCCAUUUAGCUUUCAGCGUAACGAUGCUAAUUUAGACAAACCAAGGUUUAAUUCACCGUCUAUGGAGAACGACUCUACCGAAACCACUCAGCACUUCUCUCGCAUUUUAAAAGAUGGAGAAGACAAUGAUUCAAGCAUGCAAGAGAUAUCUGACCUGAAAAGAAAACGUCCUAGUGAUAGCAUCGAUGGCAAUCUGUAAUUGUCUUGUACUUUAUAUCUAAAUAAUCUCAAACUAUGUCUAUUAAUGUUUUAUUACGCUCCCUAUCUUUGUUGUAUCCAUUUCUAAUUCGAAUGACGGCUUUACAUAUAAUAUACUCAAUCGAAAAAAAAAAAUACACAUUUAAACAAACCAAUUUUUGGUCAGUCCCAG